AAAUAAUUGGAAAGAAGAAUAGAUAAACUACACUAACUAAAACUUUAUGGUCAAUAAUUACGCAUACACAUUUGAAACAUCAUUACAGCAUGAAUUAUCGGUUGCUUUUGAAAGAGAUUCAUGAUUUAAUUUCUGUUUGUGAUGAAGAAUUCAGUGGACAAGUGAAAUUACAUAUUCCAGAUGAAACACAGCCUUAUAUGAUUUACUUUACUGUCACUCCAAAUAAAGGAUUAUACGAACAUGCAUCAUUUGAAUUCUCUAUAACUGUUACUCGGAACUAUCCAAACGCAUCACCUUCAGUGAAAUGUUACACACCAAUAAUUCAUCCUAAUAUUGACUACCAAUAUUCAAUGGAAAAUGUUUGCGUUAAUUUGUUGUACUCAUGGGAGAGAUGUUAUAGGAUUAAAGAUGUUAUACAUGCAAUAAUAUUUUUAUUCUAUGAGCCGAAUCGAGAUGACUGUUUAACUCCGAGUUCCUUGUUCAACAGUGAAGAGAGUUAUAGAGAAAGUGUGAAGUUGUUUUUGAAAGGUGGUAUUGUGGAUGGCCAUUAUUUCCCUCCGAAUAAGUCAUGGUGUGAAUGGCAGAAGAAUUCAGAAACGAUAGAGGAAGUAAAUACGUUAAAAGUACAGAACGAAAUAGGCGAAUCCUACUCACUAACAAAGUGCCAAGCAAGUUACAAUUCAUCACAAUACUGUAAAGAGAUUUACGCUCGAUCUGAAUCCAGCUUAUCUAAUUUCUCAUCACCAGAUAGUGAACAUCAAAUAUUUACUCAAAAUGUAUCCUUACUAUGUCUUGAAAUUACAAUUGAAAAAAUAGGCUUAAUAACUGAAAAGGAAAUGCAGACAUUUAAGGGAUGUAAUAUUUCACGUUAUUAUUAUGUUGAAUUUUAUUCAUGUGACCAUUCCGAUUUCGAUGUCAUAGCCAUAAGCCGAAGCUGGAUUCCAUCAUUUCCCUUGAGCGUGGAUGGUAAAUUAAACUUGAUGCAAAAAUCAUCACAGUUUAAUCCACGUAUAGUCAGAGGUAAAGAGAGUGAUUUCAAAUAUUCUUGUGAAUCAAUACCGUCUGGUUCUGUGUAUAAUAGUGAUAAUGAUAAUUCUGAGUGUGAAGGUGAUUGUCCAUCACUUAAGGGAAGCAUAACUUCUGAUAAGACUGAAUCUAUCAAUGAAGUGGACAAAGAACGUCGUAGUGAAACAAAUGAAGUCGUGGAUGUAAUGGAAAGCAUGUCUUUCUCAGAUACAGAAGUCUUGAAUGAAUACAACACUUUUGAAGACUUUAAAAGCAAUUUAUUCGUCGAACCAAAUCGAUAUUAUGUUGAUCGGUCAAUGAUAUUGUUUAAGAGAAUUGAAAAACCUUGGUGGUGGAUAUUUUUCCAAACACGUUGGGCGCCAUUUAUUGCACCUGGACGAUUUUACUAUGUUGAAGGAAGUCAAGAAACAGAAGACGCGACAUACAACAGAAUAGGAACUUGUUCACAUCUACGAGUGGAAUUGAAUCGAUUGUCGACGAAGUAUCAAAAUUGUGACAAUCUUUUCCUUGUCGAUUCACUGGCUUUGUCACCAUUCUCACCCAUACUCAAUAGAAUCACGCUGAUUCCACCAUCAGAUAUUCCACAUAGGUGUUUCAAAUUCUGUUGGAGAAGUAUUGAAUGGCUGUCUUUAACAUGGGCGUGGUUCCCACCACCAACUACAAAAGAGUCAGAACACCUGAUUCUUCCUGGAGCUGGUCUGCUUACAACAAUGUGCUGGAUCUCGAACUGGAUCGCUUAUGCUUCACGUGUUGAGUUAUAUCAUUCGUGUCUGGGAUAUUCAAGACGUUUGUUCGUUUUGCCUAUGGAGAGUAUGGCGACCUCUUGUUUAUCACCAGCCAGUCUAGUUUGUGGACACUGUCCACUACUGGAUGGUUGGCCGUUGUGGUUGUUAACACACGCGAGUCGGCUGAUGUGUUCAUGGAUGCUCUCCAUGUGUGUCUCACUGUCAGACUAUUUAUCUCAGAAAUCGUGUAGUCUGCAUUUUGUAUUUGAUGAUUCAGAUGAGAUAUGAAGAUGUUGUUUUUUUAUUUUUUAUUUACAUGCACACAUGUUGAUGUACCAUAAUCGAAAUCAUCAUUGUCCCCCUAACCGAAUUAAUCUUUGAAUAUAUAUUUUAUACUUUGCA